CUCUUUCCUCGAUCUCUCCUCUUCUCUCAUCUGCCUCUCACAGUCUCUCUCAUCUACAACAAUGGAACCUCAAACUCCUUCUCUCUCCUUCGAUCUCCUUCUCCAUAACCGCCGCUUUCCCUUUCCUUUUCUCUCUCCUUUGAUCUCCUUCUCCAUAACUGCGCCGCAAGCAACGCCGCUCUCCUUCUCCUUCUCAGUCUGAAAUCGACCGCCGUCAAUUUGAACCAAAUACAACAACAACAACAAACUUGAAUCAAUUAUCAUUUCAAAGAUCACAAAUUCGAGGGUUGGUGUGUGAACAUCAAAUAGUUGAAUUUCAAUUUUGGGCGUUUGAAGGCGUUGUUCAGGUUGAUGCGAAGCCAUGGUUCCGUUUGAAUACAAGUCGUAUUUGGAUUCCAAAACAUUUAGGGUGUGGAGGAGUGUCUACUGUUUGAACAAAACCUUAAUUACUCAAAUGCACCAAGUGAUACUAUUUUCACCCUAAAAGGCGGCUCAUCUCUUGUCCCUCUAAGCAUGACUGUUCCAUUAAUAUGUUUCCCUUCUUGGUGGUCCUUAGCCUUCAUAUCCCCUUGGAUGAUCUAGCUUUCAAGUUCGAAUAUGUGCAUCCAAUAUCGAUGGUGUAUGUAUAUAGUCCCAAAAACCGCACUUUCCGAACAAGCUGCUUCAAUAGCAGAAAGCUGAGUCCUGUGUUUACUGGUGGCAUAGGACUGGAUGAAGUUCCUCCUAUCUGGGUUGAUAGGUCUGGUGUGAAAGCUAAUAUUACUGAGAAUCUUACCCGGCAGAGCAAGCUUACUUAUGGGCUCGUGGUUGAAGAGAUAACAACACGAGAUGAAAGCAGCCAUAUCGCCAUAGCUGGUCAAAGGGUGUUGCCUAAGGGCGGAAUUAGUGCUGAUGGACCCCCAACAACUUUAAGCGAUACUGGUAUUGACCGAGUGGCAUUCUUACAAGCAAAUAUUACACGAGAUAACACAAAGUUUGUAAAUGGAGCUAUAGUUGGUGAUAGAAAUGUGUUUCAGGUAAUUACAAGGGAGUCACUAUUAUUAGCACAGAAGGAGGAUUUGCGGAGGGUGAUGGACCUGUUAUUGGUUAAAGAACACCAUGCUCGGACUUUGUUGAUUUGUUAUCAUUGGAACGUCGAUAGGUUAUUUACUGUGUUUGUUGAGAAGGGUAAAGCUUACUUAUUUGCUGAAGCUGGAGUCACGGUGGUUGAACUUGAAUAUGAUGCUUGCGGCUUAUUACCUUUUUCAACUCUCAAUUGUAAUGUUUGCAUUGAGGAUGUUCCUUGUAAUGAGACAACGCGGAUGGAUUGUGGGCAUACUUUCUGCAAUAACUGAAUACAGCAGAGCAGCCAAACCAGCAAGCAACACAGCACUACAGCAGAGCAGCAAACACCAAGCACAGCCUGACCAGAGCAGAACAGAAACACAACAGCUCAAGAACUCAAACCAGUCACCCAGCCAGCCUGAACAUAACAGAGACACAACCACAGAAGCAAACAGAUGCCCCACCAGCCUGAACAGGACAGAGGCACAGCAGAACAGAAACAGCUGCACGUCAAACAGUAGAGCAGCCUGUCAGCCUGAACACACAGCAGCCAGCAGAGCAGCCACCAGCACAAGACCAGGACAACUCCUUUUGGAACUCAGACAAUAUGCUGUUCUUGAGCCCUUGCAGCCACUUACAAUGCUGUCUUGUCCAUUUUUAAUGAAAAUAUAUAACUUUGUAUAUAAGUUAGUGUUUAUGUGUCCAUUUUUUUUUUUAGUUUUUUAAAGUGUAGUAUUAUAAGUUAUUGAAUAAAAUAUGUGUUUUAUGUAUA